AUGACAUCUAUUACAUCUGCACCAAAUUCAACUUCUUCUUCUUCUUCAUCUUCAACGUUGACAAACAACAACAAUAAUACAAUAAUAAACACACCAACAACGAUAUUAUCUAACAAUGCACCAUCAGCAGCUGCUACUGCAGCAGUAGCAACCUCUUCUUCUUCUUCCUCGUCUACGACAACGACAACAUCUUCAUCAUCAUCUUUAUCCUAUGAAUGGUUAAAAACAGGACCGAGUCGUCACUGGUACUUUACAAAAGAACAAGUAAUGAAUCAUUAUGGAAAAGAUAAACAAGAAAUAACAUCUAGAAGAGCUAGUUGUGCUUUUAUACAAGACAUUGGAAUAACUUUGAAAUUAUCACAACUUAUAAUUGCAACUGCAACUACCUAUUUUCAUAGAUUCUAUAUUAGGCAUCAACUUCGUGAUUAUGAUAGAUUUCUUGUAGCAACUACAUGUUUAUUCUUGGCAACCAAAGUUGAAGAAUCACCAAGAAAGUUGGUUGAUGUUGCAAGUAUUUAUUAUAAAGCAAAAAACAAAAAACAAACCAAUCCUGAUCAAGGAGAAAUACAAUCAAUUAUAAACAAAAUUAUUCAACACGAGCAUUUAUUAUUGACAACAAUAGCCUUUGAAUUAACUGUAGAUCAUCCAUAUAAAUUUUUAUUAGAAUAUAUGAAAAUGAUACAAGGAAGUAAAAGAUUAUGUCAAGUGGCAUGGAAUUUUGUAAAUGAUAGUUUGCGAACUAAUCUAUGUUUACAGUUUCCACCUCAAUUGAUAUCAUAUGCAGCCGUUUAUUUGGCAACGAAAUUUUUAAAUUAUCCUCUUUCCUCUGAGGGUAAAAAACAAUGGUGGGAAAUCCUCGACGUUAAAUUGGAGGUAUUGGAAGAGAUUGGAAGUUAUAUUCUUGAUCUCUAUGAAAAACAUCCUUUAACAAAAGAUGAAAAUAGUAAUAAUAAUAAUAAUAACAAUAAUAAUAGCAAUAAUAAUAAUAAUAGUAGUAACCAUCAACAACCAAACGAAAAUCCAACUAUAAAAGUAGUAGAAAAUAAUAAUAAUAAUAAUAAUAGUGAACAACAAAAAAAUAACGAUUCAGUCAUUGAUAUGGUUAUUGAUAGUAACGUUAAUUCGAAUCCUAUCAAUAAUAAUAAUAACAAUAACAAUAGUAAUAAUAAUAAUAAUAAUAGUAGUAGUAGUAAUAAUAUUGGACCAAAUGAUCGACUAGCAUCAUCACCACUACCUCAAUUAAAGACACCAAACAAAUCACCAUCUCUAUCUUCAACUUCACCAAAUAGUAAUAACAAUAAUAAUACUAAUGGUUCAACGUCAAGUAGUACCAAUGUUUUAUCACCUCGUGGUCCGUCACCAAACAACAACAACAACAACAAUGCAACAAGAUAUUCUCCUUAUGGAAAGGAAAGAAGAUCGGGACGUGGUGACUCUUCUCGUUCUCCAUCUCCACAUCGAGAUGUCGUUGCACCACCAUCAAGAGGUUCAAGUAAUCUAGAAACUGGUGAAAUUCAUGAUCAAGGUAGAGGUGAUAAUAACAAUAGAGAUAGAGAUAGAGAUAGCAAUAGUAGAUACAAUAAUAAUAACCGAAAUGAAAGAGAACACCGAGGAGACAAGGAUUAUCAUGGUGGCAACAAUAGGGAUAGAGAUCAUCACCAACAAUAUUCAAGAGAAGGAGGGGGUAACAACAACAAUUACAGUAAUAAUAGUAGAAGAGAUGAUGGAUAUGAAAAAGACCAUCACCAUCACAAUAAUAAUAAUAAUAUACACGUAAAAGAGGAUAAUCAUAAUCAUAAAUAA